UGUGGUGGUUCCUCUUCAUGCAUUUAGGCGCAGUACAGAAACUCUCCAUGUCUGUGGUUACAUUCGCCUCUGUAUUACUCAGUGGUUGGAGGUGAGGAGUUGGAAGUCUAGGUCAGUUGUACUUUGAAUUUACCUGUAGGUCCACUUCUGCCAGCUCAGAGUCCAUUAGCUCUUCCGUAUUCAUCUGUUCUCAGCAAUUACAGGAAGGAGAAUUUCAUACCACUUGUCUAAUGAGGCCUUGAUCCCGGUGGUUAUCACAGAUUUCCCAAAAUUGAAUGAAAUGCUCCACUUAUUCCCCUUUCUGAAAGAAUUCCAAAGCUUCCGUCAACGCAGUCAAGGGGAUCCUUCCUUCUGCUAGAAGCAUUCCUCUGUUGUGAGUCUAGAAUGCUUCACGGUGCUUUUUGUCUUGUGGCAGCUUCCUGGGAGAGAUACGAGAUACGAGGCUCACUUAUAAGUGCUCAGAAUAAAAAUACAAAACACAGUAAGUGCUCAAUAAUGUUAGCUAGGAUGGUGGUGGUGGUGGGUGAUAAAUGAUUUAAUCUCAUUUAUGCUCCAUCUUCUCCUCCACUGUCCUUCCAGGAUAAUUAGCAGCACUAAUAAUCUGGUUAGACUCAGCUCAAUGCUUUCUAUUCGAUAUGAAUAAGUGAGUAUUGUUUACUGCUAAGACAAGUGUGGUGUUGAGAUGGCAUUUUCUUUGUUGAACACAUUUUUGUUUUUCCUUGAGAAAAUGCCUAACCUUUUCAUUCUCUUGGUUUUCUUUGAGCAUCUAAGUCUUCCCACACACCUCCAACUGCUUUGUGAAACAAACGCCUCUUGUAUAACUUUCCACAUUGUCCAACUUUUUCAGAUAAUCUCAGCACCUCGCACUUUUGCUUCCCCUGAAGACAUCCCUCUUGGAGACCUUUAAUGACCUUCUGUUCCCAUCUGCAUGGAGAGGAAUAAAGACAUUCACACAAGUCUUCUAUUUUCAAGUCCUUCCCUACCCAUAACCUACCCAUUUCCCUCGCAAAACAAAACACCUGGUACCUUGCGUCUCUAAAGUUAAGUGUACAGACAGCAAGUUUAGCUUUCUCUGCCAGGUUUUUACCUUCUGUAUUUAUAUGUUGUGUUGGGGGGGUUUCUGAAACCCCCUUGUUUCAUCAAACAUGGAACUCUUUGCAUCUGUAUCUUGUUUUCUCAAUGAUUUGAAGCGAUUUUUCAGUUGGGGAAAAAAUGGGAACACCUGCAUUUUACCACUUUAACUCAGCCAUCUCCUAACUUCUAGUUCCAAAUUCAUGUUUAUUUAUUAUUUUUUAAAGAGAUAGGGUCUCACUCUGUCACCUAGGCUUAGUGCAGUAAUGCAAUCAUAGGAUCAUGGCUCAUUGCAGCCUUGAUCUCCCAGAUACAAGCUAUUCUCUUGCCCCAGCUUCCCGAGGAGCUAGGACCACAGGUGUGUGCUGCCAUGCCUGGCUAAUUUUUAAAUUUUUUAUAGAGACUAGGUGAUACUGUGUUGAUCAGGCUGGUCUUGAACUCCUGGGCUCAAGAGAUCCUCAUGCCUUGGCUUCCUGAAGUGCUGGGAUUACAGGCAUGAGCCACCACAUCCAACACCAAAUUCCUAAUGAUUGACUGGAUUAAAAUAACCAUGCCAGGCAAGGAACUAAAUACACCUAUAUUUUCUAGACCCAUUCUACGAUUUCUUUUUCCUUUUGUCCUAUUCUUUAUUAUUGGAUACAAAUGAUAGCAUGCUUAUCUUUUGGAGAUGAAAGGGUCUUUCUCUAGUGAGAACUCUUUUCUUUCAAAUGCAGAUUUUAUGGGAAAAUCCAACUGGCCUGCUCUGUGUUUUCUGUUAAAUAAGCCCAUCUCUAUGAGUCAGGUGGUAAAGGUAAUUUGUUUCAUUUUAGUACUAUAACUUAAGAAGACAAGGAGAAUUUAGAGUUAAGGGAGAACCACUGAGAUAAUUAAAAGGUGAAGAAAUAAUACCUAAAAAGAAAAAGUAAGAAAGGUAGGAUUAUUUAUAUCGGAGUAUAUGAGGGAGUGAGUGUCAUAAUGAGAGUUAAAUAUAUAAAGGUGCAGUGUAGAGAAGAUGGCACCCAGUUGCCCUUUUAAAAUGAAAGACUUCAAGAGGAAAUAGAUUAAAUUAGCAGUAGAGUCUGUAAAUAGCAUAACGGAGUAUAAAAAUAGCAGUAGAGUAAGUAUAUUUUACAAAGAAGAAACUUCAAGACAGUGAAAGUGGUUAACUGGAGGCGGGUGGGGAAGGGUCGCAGGCAAGAUUACUAGGCGAGGCUUGUGCGCCUGCUCCCGCCCUGGCCACCAGUGCCCACCCGGUCGGCCUGGCACAGCCAUGAUCAAGGCGAUCCUAAUUUUCAACAACCACGGGAAGCCGCGGCUCUCCAAGUUCUACCAGCCCUACAGUGAAGAUACACAACAGCAAAUCAUCAGGGAGACUUUCCAUUUGGUAUCUAAGAGAGAUGAAAAUGUUUGUAAUUUCCUAGAAGGGGGAUUAUUAAUUGGAGCAUCUGACAACAAACUGAUUUAUAGACAUUACACCACGUUAUAUUUUGUCUUCUGUGUAGAUUCUUCAGAAAGUGAACUUGGCACUUUAGAUCUCAUUCAAGUAUUUGUGGAAACAUUAGACAAAUGUUUUGAAAAUGUCUGUGAACUGGAUUUGAUUUUCCAUGUAGACAAGGUUCACAGUAUUCUUGCAGAAAUAGUGAUGGGGGGAAUGGUAUUGGAGACAAACAUGAAUGAGAUUGUUACACAAAUUGAUGCACAAAAUAAGCUGGAAAAACCUGAGGCUGGCUUAGUGGGAGCUCCAGCCUGUGCUGUAUCAGCUGUAAAGAAUAUGAAUCUUCCUGAGAUCCCAAGAAAUAUUAACAUUGGUGACAUCAGUAUAAAAGUGCCAAACCUGUCCUCUUUUAAAUAAAAAUGUAAAAAGGCCACUCCCAGGUAAAAUCCAGGGGGAAGAGUCAUCUAAGUUUACCAUGCAGUUGUUUACCAAAAA